GAGGGAGACAGAGGAGACCCAGUUGCUCUGUGAGAUGCAGGCUGAAGUGGCCGGGGAAGGAAGAUUCUCAGCCUGGCAGUGCCCACCCUGCCUUGGGGCCCUCGCUCUCCAGAAGCAGGUUCCUGGUCUUUGAAGCUGCCUCAUCUGCCUGAUGCACCUUUGGAAAAGGAAAAUCCCCAGAAAAGGCUCCUCCCUGAUGUUUCCUCAGUCCAGUCUUCCACUCUCCCCCGCUAGGAGAUCUGGGGACUGCAGCGAAAAACAAAGAAGAUUCAAAUGGUCUUUGGGGACUCUGACUUCACAGCUAAAAACAUGUGGUUCCUCUUUGAAAAGAGAAACCACACCUGCUCUCAGUAACACCCAUAUCCCAAUGUACGUGAAAGCUCUCAGGUUAGGGUGAAGAUCAGCUCCCACAAGUAACCCGGACAUUCUCCCCUGCAGCAGUGGAUUAUUCUAUGGGAUUAUCCCAUACAGGAGACAGUCCCCAGAGUAUGAACAAUAGGCUGAGCCUUAAGACUCUUGAAAGUCCAUAAAGCGUUGAACCCUGCCCAAAGAGACUGCAGAAAGCGAGUACAAUGCUUAAGGCAACGUUACUGCAGCCUUGUCUCCAAUCUCAGCCUCGCUGUGCCGGGCCCAGUGAAAGGACCCAGCAUUCUUAUGGCUUUGAGACGCUAAAGGUGGACCCAGCAGUGGGCUAUGGCUGUUUGGUUCUGCAGCAGGAGAAAGAGACGGAAGGCAGCCAAAGGUGCCAGCCAGCUGGAGCCAUUUGCCCUUUUAACGCGAAGGAGCAGGAGGAAAAGAAUGAAUUGCCAGGAGGAAAAUUGAGAGAGCAUCUCCAGCGGGAGAGCAGGAAUACCAAUGGAGACAUGCUGGGGCCCGAAUUCCACAGCUCUGGCUUGGCAUCCGCUGGUGGGUACCCAGCUACAAGAGACUCCCCACAGUCUGCCCCAGAGCUGCUUCAUUCUGGGGCUAGCACCGGAGCGGACCCCAGUGAAGAAUGGAAAGUGGUGAAGGUUGAACGAGUCCUCAUUUACCCUGCUGGCCAGCCGCGGAAAGCAAAUCUUUCCAGGAGUGCCAGUCUCUCUGAGAAGGAGCUGAAAGAGGCCAAAGCCAGGAGCCAGAAAAUCGCAGCCCAGCUAACAAACCCGCCCAGCUCAAACUCCAAAGGUGUGCUGCUCUUCAACAGGCGCAAGCAGAGGGUGAAUGAGUUCACGUUGGCAAGCACCAGAAAAAGUGGCGAGGAAGCAGCCACAAGAGGCAGCCCGAAAGCUCUUCAGCAGAGCAUCCCAAACCAUGGGAAAUUGCUGCAUUUGAGACAGACUUUAGAAGGCAGCAAAGAACUGAAAGAAUUACUCUGCGCAGAAGACCCUGGACUGCAGAUCCUUAAAGGCAACAUGGAAGAAUAUGAGGAAAACACCUGCCUAGAGAAAACACAGUCCCCGCCAAAGAGUGAAGUCAAAAGUGAGGAGAUCCUUCUCCAAACAAUCCCAGUGCCAUCCCUCAAGGAGUCUCCUAGUGGAAACAUAGAGCAGGUCCCUCUAACUAUCUACUUAAAGGAGAACAUAAAGGUAGCAUCAACCAAUGGAGUGCACGAACCUAGCGUCAAUGAGCAUGAACAUGCACCAGUGAUUGACAGCGAGAACAACAUGCCAGUUCUCAUCAAGGAGCAGAUGGCCCCAGUUAUCGACAAGGAGCAGAAUGGAGAAGUUAUCAACAAAGAGCAGAAUGUGCCCGUGAUCGACAAAGAGGCGGCUGUUCCGGUUACCGACAAAGAGGCGGCUGUUCUGGUUACUGACAAAGAGGUGGCUGCUCUGGUUACCAGCAAAGAGUGCAAUGGCGGACCCAAUAAACAAUAUUACGAAGUUCAUCUCACUUUGGCUAAACCCAUGCCGGUGAAGAACAGAACAGCAAGACCAUUUGGGACUCAAUCAUCAGCUACAACAAGCCAACCAACAGAGAAAAGUCCAGGGGUAGAACUUCCUCCACCCCCAACCUAUGCAGAGACCUUGUUCAGCCCCCCUCCAGUAACUAGGGUCAGGUCGCCUCCUGCAUAUUCAGCCUUGUAUCCUAGUGCAGAACAGAAGCCUCUCAUUCUGCAAGGGCCUCACCAUAGAGAAAGCAGAUCAACACCCUUGCAUAAAACAGGAAUACUAGAGGAGUCCAUGGCCCGAAGAACAACUAAAAAAUCCAUGUUCACCUUUGUUGAAAAGCCAAAGGUGGCUCCAAACCCAGAUCUUUUGAACUUAGUGCAGAAUGCAGAUGUAAGGAGGAAGCAGAAGGAGCAAGGAGAACCAGUCCAAGAGGAAGAACCAUUUGCCCUUGGGGCAGAAGCUUCCAACUUUCUGCAUCAGAAUGCACUGAAAGGUGGGCUUCACCUGGAUUCUGCAGACAAUGCCCCAGAGUGGUCUUCCUGCCUGAAGUCCCCAAGCAUACAGCCUAAGCCUCAAAUGAAACCCAAUCAAAACCUAACCGAAGCAAAAGGAAAAGGAGCUGAACUGUUUGCCAGAAGGCAGUCAAGGAUGGAGAAGUAUGUUAUUGAGUCCCCAGCACACCCUGGCUUGGCCAGGUCACCUUCUCCCACCAUGUCUCUGCCUCCAUCCUGGAAGUAUGCUUCCAAUAUUCAUGUAACACCCAUGGUCUUCAAACACCCCCCCAAGAGCCCAGCCAGGUCAUCAAAAACUCCCCCAGCAUCUUUGUACAACAGCAAUGUCACGGAGAGUGAGAUUUCCCGACAGGAGCUGGAAAUCUCAAAGCAGCAGCCGUACCAGCUCCAAUCAUCUUUGUUCAUCCUGUCUCCAGCUAAAGAACCGGUGAGGUCUUUGCCAAGAGGGGCACCACCACCCCAACCUGCGUUUCCUGACUCUCAUUCUCACACGAGACAUACCUCGUGCCCAACGUCUCCCUUGACACCUUCCCCUGUUUUUCAUUCUCCUGCUCUCUCAAGUUCAAGCAGGCCAACAUAUGUUCCUCUUUCUCCAUCCUCUGGGACUGUGCUUAUUGCUCAAGACAUCAGAACAAGUGCCCCACCAGAAGCUCCCUUUGCAUCCCCUUCCAGAAUUUUGUCACCAAGAGCCAAAGGAGUCUUCCAAGCUCCGAGACCGUCUUAUUCCACCAGGAAUGCAGGGAUUGAACCCCAGGAAAGAAGAGUGUCCCUGCCUGCCUCCCUGACCUGGACCCCACGGCUGGUGCCCCACCCGAGCUCCUUCGAGGGAUGGGCGAGGCCGACGCCGGAGCCUGAGGAAAGGCCUGCGGAGGCCCUGCGAGCAGCCAGUGUGAGGAGCCCCCCUCCUCCCAUGUCGCCGUCGUGGAGCGAGAGGUCCCUCUCCCCACUGCGGCAGGAGGCAGAGCCCAAGGCCAGCCGGCAGAUGCAAGCCCGGCUCGCCAGGAACAUCAUCAAUGCUGCCAAGAGGAAGAGCUCCUCCCCCAAAGCUCUGGGGCCAGACGGCGUCAGGCCAUUCACGCCGCCUGCCGGGGCUGGGGCACCACCUGCCAGCGCAUCCCCAUGCAGCAGCCCGAGAGCCCUGGACAACCACUCCCCGAGUCCGCAGUCACCGAGGGUGGAUGGGCGCAGACGCACCAGCACCGGGACUCCACAAUUCAACACCUCGUCUUGCAUCAGCCCAAGGACCCUGGGCAGCCAAUCCCCGACCUACGUCAGCCCACUGCAGUCGCCGCGAGCAGCCAGGACGGAUGGGCACAGGUCCUUCACAUUACCCACAAACACUGGGGCACCAGCGCUCAACGCAACAGCUGGCAGCAGCCCUGGCACCACAGCCAGCCACUCUCCAACCUACAGGAACCCAGUGCCAUCUCCAAAAGCCACCUGGACGGAUGGUCACAGGAUUCUCAUGCCACCCACCAGCGCUGGGGUGCUACCGGCCAGCACAUCUUCUUGUACCAGUCCCAGGAGCCUGGGUUCCUACUCGCCGACCUUCAUUCGCCCAGUGCAGUCGCCCCCUGCGGGAGCGAGGUCCCCCGUGAAGCAUUACCCCUCCAGGUCUCCCACGGACUCGGAUGUGUCCAUCGACUCAGAAGACUCUGGGGUCAAGUCUCCCGGGAUCCGCAGCUUUAACAUCUGCCCCCGAGGCUGGAACGGAAGCGUGCGGCUGAAACAGGGCCGCCUGCCCUCGGAAGCGCCCUGCACCUCUUAGGCCAGGAAGAGACAAGUGAAGUGACCAAGGACGCGACUGGAGCCCGUUGAAUUGAUGCAUAGACUCGCCAGCACCCAGUCCUGCCGACCAAGCCACGCGGCGGUGGGGGGAGGAUGCUGGGGGCUGUGGGGACAGAUGACAGAGAUGAUCUCUCUCCCCACCUCCGCAGCACCUCUCCCCAAACCUGCUGUGGGUUUAGACAGCAGGGACCUUGCAGAUGCCAGUCUGGCCUGCCACAGCCAGCUGCAGAAUGGUGCCCGCUAACUUUGCCGAAUCCAGACCCCGCCCCACCCCCCAAGCCAAUGCGGCUGCUGAGCCCAUCACUCCAUCCCUGCGUGUGUUCUGCUUCCCCAGACUUCGCUCUCCUGGCUGGACUGGAGCCAGCAACGACAUCUCGGCCCAGUGGGACGAGGGAGCCGGGCGCUGCUUUUGUUCUGCCCGGGACGAGGGGGACACAGACGGCGGGCGGGCAGCCCCGAGACCGUCCUUCCGCCGCGUAAUCCCCAGCAGAGACAGCGAGUGGCCGGAGGGGCCUUGGGCGGCCGCCAGCCGUGGGCUUUCCAGCUUGCUGCCUCGGAAUCCCAUUGUUUCCUUUGUGGGCUCUGCGGAGGCCAUGGGUCAGGCCUGCUUCCAGCUGCCUGAGGGCCUGGGGAAAGGCAGAGGGACGAGCCCGUGCAGCGGCUGCUCCUGCAAACCCUGCUGCAGGGCCUGGCUUUUCCUGAGUCCCAGCAGCCCGAGGACCGGAGCUCUGCGGCAGCUGGGGCCAUGUCCCACUCUCAGAGCUGAGGCGGCGAGGAUGGGAGAGAUUGAAGCUGCCUUGGAGGAGUGAAGAGCAAAAUCCUAGCUCCCCCCCCCGCGGCCAAAGGGCCCCGGUGGCAGGGCAGCGUGGCGAGUCUAGGAGCUCAUGGUCCAGAGGGGAGCAGAGUUGCCCCGGCAGGGGGGCAGGUGGUGUCUUGGGCUAACCCACAGUGCCCAGGCCGGGCGUGACUGAGUCAGCGUUCCUGUGACCAAAGCCUACUCCCCGCGCCAACGUCCCACUACCGUGCGCCAUGCGCCCCUGCCAAGCUGGCUGCAGCUAACGCCUGUUCCUGGAGAACGGACGCCGGGGAGGCCUGUCCUAGGGCCUGGGUGGAGCUGCCAGCGAUUUAGAGCCACGCCGUGUGUGCAGCCGCCCUCUCCGACUGUUGUGGCCUCCUGGACCCUGCCUGGGGGCCUGAGCCAGGAACGACCCCGAGACCCAAGCCGCGGGGGUGGGGGUGAGGUUGGAGGUGGGCCCGAGAGAGAAGCUCCCUCUUAGCAAGUGGCCUGCUGGGUAAAAUGGAUGGAGCCGGUGGGUCCUGGGCACUGCCCUGGAAGGACUCCCCCUGCCCUGCAGCGCUCCGGCUGGCUGUGAGGAGGAGCUGAAAGGAGCCCGCUGGAGCCGUGCUGAAGGGACUCUGGGGAGGAAGCCCCUGGGACGGUACAAGGCCCUGUCCGGGCUGGCUCUAGGUGAAUGCACAGACAGGCGUGAGUGCAGCCAUGUCCCUGGGCCAGGCCUGCCACUGCCACCCACCUGGCCAUGAGGCUCUGGAGUCGUCGGCAGCACGUCUGGCCUGGGGGCUGUUUGUGGGGGGUCACCGGGUGAAUCAUCAGCCUUGUUAGCCGAUAGACACUCUCUGAGAGAGGCCGCCGCAAACUAGAGGGGAGGUUGGGGGCAUCUGAAUGUGCCCACUGGCCUAGGCUAUAGACUGCUCUGCAGACCCUGCUGUAUUUCACUGCUGCAGGUUCCCAGAGCAGCCAGAGCUUCUCCACGAAGCCCCCGCCGUGGCCUGGUCCCCGGCCAUGCACAGUGUUGGGGAAAGAAAACCAACGCCCUCACCCCUUUGCUUUUUCCCUGGCCAGCCCAGCCCCUCCCGCCCGCUCCGGGCUGGUCCCCUCACUCACUUGCUCUCCUGGCAGCGUGGCACGCAGCCAUGGGCUGGCAGAGCAGCGUCAGGUGUUACCCCACCUGCCCCUGACAAGCUGGCCAGCCUCUGGUUUUACUGCCCUGGCCUUUCAAGGCAGGAGUGCGCCUGGCUUUAAUGCUAGGUGAGCCCAGGGAGGGCUCCCAGCCCCCUGCGCUGCUCACAGGCCCUGCGGGGUUGGGUUGCGGGGAGCCGCUGGGGCAGCACAGUCGCCUGGCUCCUCUCCUGGCGCACUGACGCGUCACCACACGAGGGCUGUUGGGGCACCCGGAGGUCGGUGCAGUCAGGAGAUCGCCGCGCUCAGGCAUCUCCCAGGCGGGUGGAUUUGCAUCCUUUCACCCCUCCCCAGCCAGAGCAAAAACUCACCCUGGGCGGGAGGGGAACUCUGUUCUGCAGGGAGCAAGCAGAGGAAAGGUUUGCCUCUGCGAACCCAAGCGUCCGAGCUGGGCUCAGCUCUGCCGGGGAGUUACCAUAUCCGUGCACAGGCACAUGAGUGUCUAGAUCUCCGCCCCCCCAGCCGCCCCGCAGCCCCUUGGCCUCCCAGAGCCCCCCGCGUGCAUUUCUGCCGCUCUGGUUUCACUAAAGGAAUGGCGUGGGCGGGGGGCGAAAUCACAUGCUAAGAGCCAGCUUCUGCUGUGAGCGUGGAAACAAAUGAACCCAACAGAGAGCGACAGCCAGGGAGCACAUGGCACCCACCCCCAGGGAACAGCCCCGGCCUCGGCCCGCAGGAGGCGACAGUCCACAAAGUGGAGCCCUCUAGGGGUUGGUUGGGGCAACUGCACAAGCCUUUGAACCAGUUGGAAUUUUUCAUGGGAAAUUUUGUUCAAGGAAAAAUGUCUCCCCCUCCCUUCCCCAGGACAAUGGUUUGUUUCUUUGGAAACGUCCCAUUUCAUUUUUCAGCAGACACCCUGAAAAAGAAGCUUUUUUUUUUUUAACUUUUUCAUCCCUAAACAAGCCAAAAAAAGUUUCACAGAAGUUUGUUUCAUGGCAACUCCUUCCCAUUUCGCCCCCAGCUCCCCUCCGCCCUCUAGCGCCCCCACCGGGCUGCAGAGAUGUGGGCGCACCCGUCGCCGGGGCUGCUCGCAGGAAGCGGGACGAGGGGGCAGCCAGAGCUCUGCUCUAGCCCAGAAGCCCUGCUUCGAGGGGCGUGUUGCUGAGGGCGUGUUGCUGUGUGCAUCUGAGCGCACCCUCUCAGAGGCACACGGCUUUGGUCAUUAGCUAAAGUGCCCAGGACAUUAUCAGCCAGCUCAUCCCUGUGGGGCUGGGUGUCUCCAUGGGACCAACAGGAAGAGUCCCUGCUGUGAGGGGAGACCCAGGCCAGGAGAGACCAAAAGUCUGCCCCGCUGGAGAGAACUGUUUACUGGCUCAUAUAAAAAGAAUUCCGGGUCCAAGUGUGUCGUCUCAUGGAAGCAGUUCAUCCCACGGGGUUGCUACUGAUGCCAUUUGGUGGCCCUCCCGUGAAGGUCCUAGGACCCAUCUCAUUCCUAGCGGUGGCCCCAUGCAGGAGAGGCUAGAGACACAACUUGUGGAUAGGGUGACCAGGUGUCCCGAUUUUAUAGGGACAGUCCCGAUUUUGGGGUCGUUUUCUUAUAUAGGUUUCUAUUCCCCCACCCCCAUCCUGAUUUUUCACAUUUGCUGUCUGGUCACCCUACUUGUGGAGGAAGCUCAUGUUGCUGCUGACCCAUGCUGAAACCUGGGGCUGCAGAGAGCAUUUCAGUCUGCAGAGCUGAGAGGCAAGAAUCUGACCCUAGCAACAAAGCCAGGAGCACAAAACCAACCCCCCUUGAACCUGGCUAUAAAUCACAUGCACUAUUACCAGGUUUGCUAGGACUGGUUAGAAAGAGCCUCUGGGUGGGACCUUGUAACAUCUGCACACCCUGUGGCUGAUGGAUCCUUAGUGCCAACGAAGUGGACAGGCCCCACUCCAUCACACAGCCAAGGCAAGCACAGCUCGCCGCGGCUGGGGUGAGGGGGCCUGGGCCAGGUCGUUGUGGCAGGGAGGCUGUGUGUGGCGAGCGGGAGGACAGGUAGGUGUUCAGAGCGGGUGUGGGCAAGUGCUGAGAAGGGGCGAUGGGUGUGUAGGGCUGAGUGGCGCACUGGGGCAUGGAGCAGUUCAGAAGCUGUUCAGCAAGAGCCCCAGGACAGUGAGGAGAGGGCUAGCGAGAGACGUGGCACCGCAGAGUUUAUUGAACGUGAAGGGAGGUGUGAAAUGGGGGAUGGUUUAGCCUGUCUGCUUGGGACAGCACAAGCCCGAUGGGCCAUGGGGUGUGUCAUGGCAAGCGCUGGUUAAAUGCUAGUUGCGGUAGGUCAGAUAAAUACUGAUGAGCGCUGGGCCGUGUGGAACGACAUUGCUGGGCACCCCCCUCGCCGACACGGCAGGCCCCCCAGUACAUGUGCAGCCAGGCAGACGUGCAGGGACACAACUAGCUCACUAACCAGAGGUGAAAUGUCCUCCCGGGGGGCAGAGCACUGUAGGCUCUUGCAUGCUCUCCGCUGGGGAGCAGCUCCCAGCCUGGCAGCUAAGGGCUUAGCCAAAGACACCCCGUGACUUCAAUGGGCUUUAGCUUGGGCCCCCGAGUAAUUAGCUUUUCCCAUCUCUAACUGCCGCGCGCCUCCCUGGGAUGCUCAUCCAGACCCACUCCGCACGUUGGUCUCCCCUUUCACACUGGCCAGCCCCAGUGCCCCGUGGGCGAGGGCCCUUUAAGCUGGGUUAUUCAGAGGGGGCUGGGCAGGGAGCUGUCCCACCAGGGUGGGGCUGGGGAGGGGGCUGGAAUGGCUCCAUUCAGAGUGUGCCACUUCUCCAGCAGGGGAAGGGGCCCAUGGAUUGAGGAUCCCUUGGGAGGAACCAGUGGACUGUCCCAAACCCUCAUCACCGCGAUGCUCUGUGACCCCCACUGCGCAGGCGUCUGAGUGCAGCUGAGCCCGGCCUGCCUGUGUCCAUUACUCACCACUAAGCAAAGAGAACCUGCUCAAGCAGAGCACACCAGCGCUGGUGGCUCUGGCCUGCUGGGACACCUUUGUUCCACACAGAGACCGCGUCAGGCGCUCCUGGCCAUUGCUUCACCAGCUGCUCUUUGACACGCAUUUUGCCACAUCACUGUAUACCAUGCUCAAAAAUAAAGCUGACAUUAUCCCA